AUGUCUCAAAUGUUGAUGAGAAUUGUUGUUUCUAUAUCACUUGUUUUAUUGCUAGUAUCUGUAUCUGAAGCAAAAUUCGUACACAGUCACGUAAAUAUAGAGGUCACCAAUCGUUUAUCUGAUAACAAAGAAUUAGCCCUUCAUUGCUACGAAAGAGAAGGAGAAGAUCUAGGCGUAUCGAUACUCCCACCUGGUGGGCUAUUCAAAUUUUCUUUCACGCCAAGAUUAGGUUUUAAAUCGAGCAAGUAUUAUUGUAGUGCUAAAUGGGAUGGUUCCAACCUCAAAUGGUUUGAUAUGUGGUCGAUGGGAAGGGAUGGUAGAGAAGGUCUACUAAUCAAAUGGGACGUAACAGAGAAGCAAGCUUGUAGGUUUGAACAAAAGACAGGAUAUUAUUCUCUCUGUGUUGUCUACAAUCAGUGA